GGAAACCCGGCGAGCAGAGGAGGAGCCGCGGAGGAAAUUUUGGCGCUAGUUUGGUCUGAGUUCAGCUGCUCGGACGGACUCUGGAACCGGGUCUAACCUGAUCCUGAAGGACGGUUCUCUGCACCUUUAGAGGGUUUCUUUUGGCCUCCAGAAAGAGUAACCAUGCCGAGCACUCGCUCUCAGGGUGCCGCUCAGCCCACGCUGCAGUUCCCUCGCCGUAAAUCCUGCAGGACGUCCCAGAAGACUCAGCUCGCCUCUCCAUCCGAACCCGAGUCAAUCACCCCGAGUCACAUGUCACCCCGAAGGCCCGCCGCCCCUGCUCUGUCCCCCCGACGCCUCCCCGCCUUCUCCCCAAAGCAGAACCAGCAGUGCAGCGUCCAGCCUCUGCUGUCACCCCGACGGCCCCCGACUCCGCCCUCCUCGCCGCCGCUCCAGACCCGGCUGCCGCUCAGUCCACGGAAACGAACAGGUCACGAGAACGGCUGCAACCUCGACUCCGACCUGUUGGCGUCUCCUCCGAAGCAGAGCAGACCGUCUCCAAGAAAACUGGGCUACGACGAAAACUGUCCUGUCUCAGCCCGCAGACAGCUCCUCCCCUCCCCGCCACGACAGCCACGGCGACAGGAAACGCCCACAGGAAGUCCCGUCCAGCAGCACAGGGAGAGGCGGCCGCCGGUUGCUCGGCUGUUUGCAGAGAACUCCAGGCUCCAGAGCGUGAAGCGAGCUCUCCACACCGCCAUCCCAGAGCGCCUGCUGUCCCGCGAGGCCGAGCAGGCGUCCAUCCGCCGCUUCCUGCAGGAGAAAGUUCUGCAGAGCCGACCCGGCAGCCUCUACAUCUCAGGAGCUCCAGGAACCGGCAAGACGGCGUGCCUGAACUGCGUCCUGCAGGAGAUGAAGGGCGAGCUGUCCGGCGUGCAGACGGUGAUGGUGAACUGCAUGAGUCUGAGGAGCUCCCAUGCCAUCUUCCCGCUGCUGGCCAGCAAGCUGCAGGCGUCCGGCGGGCAGAGCGGCCUGCAGAGGUUCCUGACGGGUUCUGGACCCACAGUGCUGCUGGUUCUGGACGAGAUGGACCAGCUGGACAGCAAAGCUCAGGACGUCCUCUACACCAUCUUUGAGUGGCCGUUCCUGCCCAAGUCCCGCCUCUGCCUCAUCGGCAUCGCCAACGCUCUGGACCUGACGGACCGCAUCCUGCCGCGGCUGCAGGCCCGUGUCCUCUGUCGCCCCCUGCUGCUGCACUUCGCUCCCUACAGCCGGGACGAGCUGACGGCCAUCGUGAAGGACAGGCUGGCGCAGGUGUCGGCUGAAGCGGUUCUGGACGCGUCUGCGGUUCAGUUCUGUGCCAGAAAAGUGUCGGCUGUGUCGGGAGACGCCAGGAAAGCUCUAGACAUCUGCAGGAGGGCGGUGGAGAUGGUCGAAUCGGACCAGAGGAAGAAGAAACUGGAGUCCAAAGAGGAAAGUCCAGGUGAGCAAACACCUGAAGCUACAGAAGAUGUCUGUUCCAAACUGAGACUGAACCUCCGUCUGUCCCGUGCAGCCUCUCGGGUCGGCCUCCCCCAGGUGGCCCGGGUUCUGUCGGAGGUUUACGGCGAGCGCAUGGCGGCCCAGAGCUCGGACGGGGAGAACUUCCCGCUGCAGCAGAAGCUGCUGGUCUGCUGCCUCCUGCUGCUCAUCCGGAGCGGGAAGAGCAAAGAGAUCAGCCUGGGAAAGCUCCACGAGGUGUACAGCCGGCUGUGCGCUCAGAGGCAGGUGAGCGGCGCCGGGCAGGGCGAGUGUCUGUCGCUCUGCAGUCUGCUGGAGAGCCGAGGAAUCUUCGGCCUGAAGAAGGCCAAAGAGGCUCGUCUCACUAAGGUGUUCCUGAAGAUCGAGGAGAAGGAGGUGGAGAACGCUCUGAAGGACCGCACCCUUCUGGGCAGCAUCCUGGCUGCUGGGCUGCCCUCCUGACGGGAAACACUUCCUGUUUUUAUGAGAUUUUAUCGGAAGUUUUAGAUUUUUUAUUAUUAACAACUUGCUCUCAGAAAUGAGUUCUAAUGAGCUUUAGAGACUUUUUUCCUGUAAAUAAACAGAUUUGAACUUU